AGUUCUAUUUAUAUUUGUGAGGCGAGCAGACGGAAAUGGCGAAUUCUUGAGAACUUAUAUGUUUUUACUUUCGAUUUGUAACGAAAAAUUUGGUAUGGAUGACGAAUAUAUUGUUGAAGAAUUCAGUGACGAUGACUACGAUUCAUCAAGUUCAGACGAUGAAAUUCAGACUUUCCUCAAGAAAGAGUGUGGACUUGCCGAAGUGGAAGAUGAUUUUGAAACUGAAGUGGAUAAAGUUAUGACUGCUCAUAUGCGAAAACUUAACGAAAAUAGUAAGUUGAAAAACGAAACUAACGAGUCAAAUGAUGCAGUAAGUAGUUCUUCCUCUAAAGAACAGUCAUCGGAAAAUCUUAAACCUGCUGAGCAAGAAAAAAUAAAUGACGAUUUGUUUUAUGAUCCUAACUUAGACGAUGAGGAUGAAAAGUGGGUUAACGAAAAGCGUAGUGCUUAUAUUUAUCCACCAAAUAAAAAUUCGAAUCAGAAAGUAAAGCCGCUUCCUAACAGUGAUGCAGUUCUUAAUUGUCCAGCAUGUUUGUCGUUAUUAUGCCUUGAUUGCCAAAGGCAUGAUAUUUACAAAACCCAGUAUAGAGCUAUGUUUGUAAUCAAUUGCAGAAUUAAUUUUAGUGAAACUCUAAAAUACGAGAACAAAAAAAAGAAAUCCCGAAAAAGUUUGACUUCUGCUGCUCCACAAUUUGAUAUUUACAAUCCUGUGCAGUGUUCUGUUUGCAAUACUGAAGUAGCAGUCUAUGAUAAAGAUGAACUCUAUCAUUUUUUCAACGUAUUAGCAAGUUAUUAAUGUAUGGUAUUAUUGAAAGGUACAAGAAUAUUGAAGAUAUUGAAUAGUAUGAGAAUGAUAAUAUGAGAAGCAAUCUUUUAUACUUGCAUAUUAGUGCAACUACCUUAAUAAAAGUUAUCAAACUUUUGA